AUGGGUGUGGCGGCGAAAAUAGCACCGUCGAUGCUGUCCUCGGACUUCGCCAAUUUGGCAUCGGAGGCCGAGCGCAUGCUCAAAUUUGGCGCCGAUUGGCUCCACAUGGACAUCAUGGAUGGGCACUUUGUCCCAAACUUAACACUUGGUGCACCCGUCAUUCAGAGUUUGAGAAAGCACACAGAGGCGUAUUUGGAUUGUCACCUUAUGGUCACAAAUCCUCUUGAUUAUGUAGAACCUUUGUCGAAAGCUGGUGCUUCAGGUUUUACAUUUCAUGUCGAGGUAUCCAAAGAAAAUUGGCAAGAACUUGUUCAAAGAAUUAAGUCCAAGGGCAUGAAGCCAGGUGUGGCAUUAAAGCCCGGAACACCAAUCGAAGACGUUUAUCCUCUGGUUGAAGGUGAAAAUCCCGUGGAAAUGGUCCUUGUUAUGACUGUAGAACCUGGAUUUGGUGGACAAAAAUUCAUGCCAGAAAUGAUGGAGAAGGUGCGCACGCUGAGAGAAAGGUACCCUUCGCUAGAUAUAGAGGUAGAUGGUGGCCUAGGGCCUUCAACCAUUAACACGGCAGCUUCGGCCGGAGCCAACUGCAUAGUUGCUGGAAGUUCAGUGUUUGGAGCCUCAGACCCUAGUGCAGUAAUAUCCCUUUUGAGAAGUAGUGUUGAGGAAUCUCAACACAAAAGUUGA